UAUCACCAAUGAUGAUCGUGUUCGAAUUUUUUUAAAAAAUUAUGUCGAAGAAAUUAAAAUCAUUGGUAACUGUCGGCCUGGGUGCUACCGUCUGUUUUUACGGCUAUAAUUUGUAUCAUGGUGAUUAUCGUUUAUGGAGUCGUCAUGUUAUACCUAUUAUUCAUCUAAUGUAUCCGGAUGCAGAAAAAUCACAUAUUGUUGCCAUUACAGCCGCUCGUGUAGGAUUAGUUCCACGAAUACCCGAAGAUAAGGAUAUCAAGCCCAUUCUGAAAACAAAAUUAUGGAAUAUUGAAUUCGAUAAUCCCGUUGGAUUGGCAGCCGGAUUCGAUAAAAAUGGUGAAGCCAUCAAAAGUUUAUCCGGAUUUGGUUUCGGAUUUCUUGAGAUCGGAACCGUAACACCGGAACCUCAAAAAGGCAAUUUCUUGCCACGAGUUUUUCGUCUUUCAAAAGAUCGUGCUGUCAUCAAUCGUUAUGGAUUUAAUAAUUAUGGCCAUGAUCGAAUGGAAACGAAUCUAUCACGUCAAGAAUCCAUUAUUGAUAAACAAAACAUUAUCGUUGGCCUUAAUCUUGGUGCAAAUAAACUCACUGAAGAUAAAAUCCAAGAUUAUAUCAUCGGACUGCAAAGAUUUCAUGUUAAAAAUGAAAUUAAAUAUUUUGUCAUCAACAUUUCCAGUCCAAACACGCCUAAUCUAAGAAAUUUAGAAGGUAAAGAUCAAUUGAACAAAUUAUUGGAUCGUGUGCUUCGUGUGAAAAAAGAAUUAGAACAGAAAAAUCAGUUGCAUAAACCAUUAUUGGUGAAAUUUUCACCCGAUUUAAAUGAUGAUCAAAUUAAUGAUAUCGGGAAAAUUAUGCUUAAAUAUUCGAAUGAAACUCAAACACAUGGCCAAAUUGAUGGUAUGAUCAUAUCGAAUACGACUAUUACACGACCUGCAGAUUUAAAAAGCCCAGCAAGACUGGUAAAAGAAGAAGGCGGUUUAAGUGGUCCACCAUUGCGAAAAUUAUCCACCGAAAUGAUACGAAAAAUGUAUCGUCUGACCAAUGGAUCAAUACCGAUUAUUGGUGUUGGCGGCAUUGAAACCGGAUUAGAUGCAUAUGAAAAAAUAAAAGCCGGUGCAUCUAUGGUACAACUUUAUACAUCGAUGAUUUAUUUUGGACCACCCAUCGUUCGUGAAGUCAAAUAUGAAUUGGCAUACAUGUUGGCAAAAGAUGGAUUCAAAAAUGUCAACGAUGCAAUUGGUAAUCUUAUUAAACGACAUUCGAUUACAUAUCGUUAUCGUCCAUUUCGUUAUUAUUUCAUUCAUUUUGGUUAUGAUUCUGUAUUAAACAUGUUAUCAUUCGAUAAUUUCAAUGUCUGGUAUUAUCAGAUUCCUAUUUUUGCUGGUUUUAUCACCACUGUUUGGUUACUACUUAAAUUCUGGCGUCAUACACGUGAACAACAGAUUCGUGUUAUACCGGCCAGUUGGAAUGGUAUCCGUGCUCAUCAAUGGAGCUUAAUACAAUGUUUAACACAUCGAGCAUCAACUUGCUGCCUAUGUCGUUCAUUAAUAGUUGAUGCAAUGUACUGUGAUUCUUGUGGUGUUUGUUUAGAUUUUCAAUGCUAUGAUCAUGUAACACGAUCUAAAUAUUUUCAUCUGAUGAAAAGUUCCGAAAGAAAUUCGAUACUCGAACCACUUAGUCAUUGUAAACGUGUUUCGAUAUCACGCACUAAAGAAAAUUCAAAUCAAUUCAAACAUCAUUGGGUACAUGGAAACAUUCCAUCACAUUCAAAAUGUUUCAUUUGUCAUCGAUAUUGUGAGGAAGAUGAUGAAAUGAUGGGAAAAGAAUCUGGUGACACAUCGAUGGCCGAACAUACAUUAUAUCAUUAUCGUUGUUGUUGGUGUCAACGAACAGUACAUGAAAAUUGUUUUCAUAAAUCAGAUUCGAAUAACGAAAUCGAAGGAAACUGUGAUUUUGGUAAAUACCGUUAUCUGAUCAUACCACCACAUUAUAUUAUUCACCGUAGAGUAUGGACAACAUCACAGGGUAAAGCUAUUGCAUUGGAUGAGAUUCGAGAUUUCUCCAGCAAAGAACCCAAAUGGUCACCAUUAUUAGUGAUUGCUAACCGAAAAUCCGGUAACAAUGAUGCCGGUACUAUUUUAUCAAAAUUUCUGCCCAUUUUGAAUCCAUUACAAGUGAUCGAUUUGAGUGAUAAGUCCAACCUAUUGGAGCUAAGUCUACAAAUGUGUCGAAUGUUGCCUAAAAACAUUACCGUUCGAAUAUUGGUUGCAGGUGGUGAUGGAACCAUUGGCUGGGUAUUGAACACUAUUCAUCAAUUAAAAUUGAAUCCAUCACCUUUGGUGGCCAUUUUUCCACUUGGAACUGGAAAUGAUUUGGCUCGAGUACUUGGCUGGUCGUAUAUUUUCGAUUCAGCUUCAAAUGUCAACCAUCAUGAGAUCAUUCAAUCAGUUUAUAAUGCUCGUCCAAUUAAAUUGGAUCGAUGGUCAAUCGAAAUUGAACAGAUUGAUUACUAUCAUCGAUCAUAUAAUCUUUUAAUUGAAUCAUUAAGAAUUCCACGAUCAAUUAUGCCAUUGGGUAAUCGAAAUCUUUUCAUGUAUAAUUAUUUCUCCAUCGGUGUUGAUGCAUUGGUAGCAUUGAAUUUUCAUCAAACAAGAAAAUCAAAAAUUUAUAAUUUCUUAUUCAGCAAUACAUUCAUCAACAAGUUCAUCUAUUUUACAUUCGGCACGAAAGAUUUAUGGGAAAGAAGAUGUAAAAAUUUACAGACAAAAAUUCGUCUUGAAUUGGAUGGCGAAAAUGUUUGUUUGCCCGAAUUAGAAUCGAUUGUCGUAUUGAAUAUUCAAAGUUGGGGUGGCGGUGUUCGAAUGGUCGGCGAGAUAAAUCGUUUUGAUGAUUCACGAAUGGAAAUUCUUGGACUCACAUCUUCAUUUCAUAUUGGACAAGUUAUGAUGGGAUUAUCCAAACCGAUAUUCCUUGGUCAAGCUAGUCAAGUUAAACUAUGGCUCGAUGAACAUUUACCAAUGCAAAUUGAUGGUGAACCAUGGUUACAGCCACCAUCAAAGGUGGAAAUUAAAUGGAAUUCUCAUGCAAAACUUUUACAAAAUGUUAUGUAAUCAUCA